AUGGACGUCCAUCUCCUUGUAUACGACCUGUCUCGCGGCUUGGCCCGCCAGAUGUCCAUGGGACUCCUGGGCUUCCAGCUCGAUGCCAUCUACCACACCUCUAUUGAGCUCCAGGGCCGUGAGUAUGUCUACGACGGAGGCAUCAUCUCCAUCGUGCCCGGUUCCUCACACCUUGGCCAGCCGCUGGAGAGGCUCCAUCUCGGCAAGACAAACCUCCCCAUGGACGUUAUCGGAGACUAUCUGGAGUCAAUACGAUCGAUCUUCACGAUAGAGGCGAUUGCUGACUCUUCAAAACAGGCCUAUGACUUGUUCCGUCACAAUUGCAACAACUUCACAGAUGCAUUCUCAAACUUCCUCCUCGGCAAAGGCAUCCCAGGCCACAUCUCGCAAAUGCCACAAGCAGUUCUCGACUCGCCGUUCGGGCGCAUGCUGAUGCCCCAGCUCACCCAAGGCGUCAAUGCCAGCAGGCAAAACGGCUCAAUCCUAGGAUUGCAGCAGAGUUCCCAGCCUACUGCACCCGUGAAGGCGGUUUCAUCUGUCAAGAACGUGAAUAGCCAGUCGGAGCUAUCAACGCUUUUGGAUCAAGCAAAGACGUCCUGCGCAGUUGUCUACUUUACUUCCGCGACUUGUGCACCGUGCAAGAUGCUUUAUCCUCUGUACAAUCAGUUGGCCGAUGAGUUUGCUGGCAAGGCAACCUUGAUCAAGAUUGACAUCGCGCAGCCACAGGCGAGCUUGGUCGCCAGUCAAUACUCGAUCAGUGCAACGCCCACUUUCAUCACUUUCCUAAAGGGAGAACAGGAGAAUAGAUGGUCUGGGGCUGACCAAGCUGCUCUCCGAGGCAAUGUCCAGUUGCUGGUACAGAUGGCGCAUCCCAGCCACCCACAUGAGAAGCUACGGCUUCCCACGUUUGCCAAUCCCAAUACGAAGCCCGUAUUGUUUGGAAAGGUGCCGCCGAUGCAGAAACUGGUGGCCAAGAUGGGGGUCGAGAUUUCGAGCAAGCCAGAAGUCGAGCAACUGAAGCGAUUCAUUGAGGACCGCGCUACAGGCGAGGCUCUGGAUGCAGUACUGCCAAAUAUGGGACACAUGGCCAGUUUUCUUCAAGAGUCAGUCACCAAGCUGCCUAUCGAUACCAUGUUUACUAUUGUUGAUCUUCUCCGGUGUGCUCUUCUGGACCCUCGGGUUAGCGGGUAUUUCGCCGAAGAGACGGAACACAAGACGGCUGUGAGCAUCCUCAAUGCCGUUAACGAGCAGAGCGAGUGCCCAUAUGCGUUACGUCUUGUCACUUUGCAGAUGGCAUGUAAUUUUUUCUCCACGCCCCUGUUCCCAGAUGAAAUCCUACGGAAAGAGCACCUUCGGGCACCAAUCACCCGAUUGAUAUCAACCAGCUUCCUCGACGACAGCCACAGCAAUACUCGCGUGGCGGCGUCGUCACUCUUAUUCAACAUCGCACUGGCAGACCGCAAAUCAAGGCUUGGUGAAGCUAAAUCAAGUCUCCCAGAUGAGGAUCUAAUCGAGCUUGCAGCGUCCGUGGUUGAGGCAAUCGCUCAGGAAGAGGCAUCGGCGGAAGCUCUUCAGGGCAUGCUCUCGGCAUUGGGUCACCUGGUGUACUACACAGAUCUUCAAGGCGAGCUUGCCGACCUCCUUCGAGCUCUAGAUGCCGAGGGAACGGUGUUGGCAAAGAAGAAGGCUUUCCCUAAGGAGGCACUGAUUACAGAAGUUGGAAGUGAGCUCCUGGGAAAGGGCCUCAAAGCAGCAUCGGGAUGA